AUGCGUUUCUACAAAAAGGAGCUCCCAGACGUCGACGAGGUGGUCAUGUGCCAGGUACAGCAAAUCGCCGAGAUGGGCGCCUACGUCAAGCUGCUCGAAUACGACGGUGCCGAAGGAAUGAUCUUGCUCUCCGAGCUCUCAAGACGUCGUAUUCGUUCGAUUCAGAAGCUUAUCCGAGUAGGCAGGAACGAGGUGGUCGUCGUGCUGCGUGUCGACAAAGAGAAGGGAUACAUCGAUCUCUCCAAGCGUCGUGUUUCGCCCGAAGACGUCGUCAAGUGCGAAGAUCAGUUUACAAAGUCGAAAGCCGUCCACAGCAUCAUGGCGCACGUUGCCGGCAAGCUCAACCGCGAGGUCGAGGAGCUCUACGACGCCAUCGUCUUCCCAUUGCACGACAAGUACGGUCACGCCUUUGACGCUUUCAAGCUGGCCAUUCUCGACAUGGACAAGACCUUUGAGGGCAUUCAGAUGGACGACGAGGUGCGCAAGGAGCUCCAGGCCAACAUUGCACGACGAAUGACACCGCAACCCGUCAAGAUCCGUGCUGACGUCGAGGUCACCUGCUUCGGCUACGAAGGUAUCGAUGCCGUCAAGAAGGCGCUCCGAGCGGGCGAGGCUGUUUCCACCCAGGAGAUCCCCAUCAAGAUCAAGCUCGUCGCACCACCACUCUACGUUCUCAUCACCAACUCGACCGACAAGGUGGGCGGUAUCGCGCUUAUGGAGCAGGCACUUGAAAAGAUCACCGAGAGCAUUCGUGCCAACGGCGGUGAGGUCAACAUCAAGAUGAGGCCCAAGACAGUCUCCGAGGUGGAGGACCAGGAGCUGGAGCAACUCAUGGCUCGUGUCGAGAAGGAGAACGCCGAGGUCGAGGGAGACGAGGACUCGGAAGGCGACGAGUAA